AGAUUCUGACGGGAAGGAAACCAGACUAAGCAAAAUGGCGGACGACACGGUGACCGCGGUUUGCUUGAAUCCGCCAAAAAUUGUUGCAAAUAACAGCGAUUUUGAGCUGGCAAAUGAAUUGACGUUCGACUUUUACUGCCUGAGAUUCUGGGAAGAGUUUAAAGAAAAGUCGACGGUCGAUGAACGGUCUGAUAGGAACUUCCUUCAAGGACUGUUGGGUCAGAAGUUCACCUACACCACGCAGCGAGAAAACCUUGUGCAUUUCAUGCAACUGAUUGUCUGUCUAGCUGACGGCCAAGAUGCAGCCACACGGUAUAGCACCACCCCUGGGGAGGAGGAUACUCCAUUAGAAAAAGCAAUCUCCUUGUUUGAUGAGCUAGUGGCCGAGCAUGAGGAUCUUGGGGAGGAGGUUGAAGCUGUCAGAGAGGCUUUUAAGAUACAGGCUGUGAUGGUGUGCAUGAGGGCAAAUGAUUACGGACUGGCAAAGAUGGUUCACCAGAGAGUAUGGGGAAAAUCGUGCAAAUCUACACGUCAAACAAAGCAACCGGUCAUGCAGAGUGUUUUAAAGUUAUUCAUCGAUGAUGAGAAAGUCAAACCAGACUUCCUUGAUCGUCAUACCUACGAGAGUUUCCUUCAGAUAGCUAAGGCUCUGCUUCAGAAAGUCUACGACAAAUAUGACACCCCGUUUCUUCUGAAAGUCUUUCAAGCGUAUAGAAGGAGUGUGGAAAGGAGAUUACAGGUGUUGGAGAAUAACACAGAAGAUGUAUCAUCUGUUGAAAUGUCAUCAUCUAAACAACCAUCGGAAACUUCCUCACCCAUCAAAGGAUUUCGGCGUUCAGAGCGGCUGUCUGAUGAGCUUCACAGCAAACCAGUCACUGCAGACAAAGACAUCCCCACGGCUGGUGACAUCCACAAAGUAGGGCGCUGUAACCACCCAGCACACGUAGCAAGAGUGGAUGGAGACGAGGAUGGUUGCCAUGACAACCAGAAGGACCAAGCAUCAUCUGAAAAGGACCACGACAACCAUUGUUUAGAUGUGGACAAUGAUGACCAUGGCAACCAGAGAACGGAGCAUAAGGCCAAAGGGAAAGGCAUCAAGAGAAAACUGCCGGUGGUGUCUUCGGACUCGGAAGACGAGAAUGCCGACAGUUGCCAGGAGAAAAAUAAGGAGGUUGCCAGGACAACUUCCAAAGGGAAAGGCAUCAAGAGAAAACUGCCAGUAGUGUCUCCAGACUCAGAAGACGAGAGUGUCGACAGUUGCCAGGAGAAGAAUAAGGAGGUUGCCACGACAACUUCUCCUUCACACAUUGGAAACGGCAGCUUCACCAAGGGAGAGUUUUACAGUCAUUUGCAGACUUUUGAGGCUGUCUUGCAAUCGUUAGUCGGUCCCACAGAAGUCACGGAUAUCACAUCCAAGCCACUGGUCGUGCCUCGGACUUUGAAGCAACAGCAUAACUUACGGUCAAGAAGAAAAGCUCAUGUCAAGACUCCUCCAUCCAUACUGAAAUCACCACCAACAAAAACCUCCACCCCUGCCCCCUCCCCAGGUCAGGUACGGCCAACGCCCUCCCCCACUAAAAAAUCCAAAGCAGCUCAAGCCCCAGGCCAGGUACAGCCAAAACCUUCCCCCACUAAACCCUCCACCCCUGCCCCCGCCCCUGGCCGGGUACAGCCCACACCCUCCCCCACCAAAACCUCCACCCAAGCCCCCGCCCCGGGUCGGGUACAACCAAAACCUUCUCCCACCAAAACAUCUGCCCCAGUACCUGCCCAAGGUCAGGUACAGCCCACACCCUCCCCCACCAAAACCACCCCAGCCAAGGCACCAAGUCGGUUAGAGUCAACACCUCAAAACGGAACCUCAGACGGAAGGGAGCAUAAUUCACCACAUAAGAAAAGUGAAGGGAACUUCAUCAAGUUCCAGAAGACGACCCCAAAACGGGGGAAGUCCAUCCGUGACAAGAAGUACCAACCAAAUCGUGUCAAGGAGAUAAGUCCGGACGUCCCCAGCACAUCCAAAGGCAAUACGUCACCAUACUCAAUGUCAGAGGAUGACUCGGACACCUCAAUUUCCCCUCCAGUCCUGCACUCCCCCCGCGUGCGUCGCAGUCUGGACCCUGAUACUUGGAACGGCAACGCAACCCUCAGGAAACUCCCAAAUCGCAGGAAGCCCUGGACCGAAGACGAGGUGGACUUGCUUAAGAAGGCCAUACGUCGAUACGGAGUGGGCAGAUGGUCAGAGAUGAUCGUGAGUUAUGACUUCAAUGGCAGGACAAACGUCAACCUCAAAGACAAAUGGAGAACCAUGGUCAAGAAUGGAGAAAUCUAAGAGAGAGGUCGCAGUAAGACGAGGCAAGUGGAAGCUUGAGUCGGGGUUGGAAUAACUAUCUACCAUUGUUUACAAUUCCAAAACAGAUUCAGAGACUUCCAACAAAACUGAAAUAAGUCAUCAGAAAUGUUCUGGCAGUAAAAUUAUG